AUGGGAAUUUUAAGUACUAUAACUGGUUUCUUGGGAUUUGGAAUUGGAACUUCAAUUGGAUUAUUCAUUGGUUAUUAUAUUUUUAUAUACUUUCAAUCAAUUCAUGUUAAGGAACCUACAUUUAGUCCUUUGGUUGAACAAGAUUUGAAAACUGUGCAACAAUUGCUACCAGAGAUACCUCUUUGGAUUAAAAAUCCAGAUUAUGAUCGUCUUGAUUGGCUUAAUAAAUUUGUUGAGUAUAUGUGGCCUUAUUUGAAUAAGGCAAUUUGUAAGACUGCAAGAACUAUAGCAAAGCCAAUUAUUGAUGAACAAAUUCCAAAGUAUAAAAUUGAUUCAGUUGAAUUUGAGGAACUUAACUUGGGUUCUUUACCACCAACUUUUCAAGGAAUGAAAGUGUAUAGUACAGAUGAAAAGGAAUUGAUUAUGGAAUUAUCAAUGAAAUGGGCUGGGAAUCCUAACAUUAUAGUUGCAGUUAAAGCAUUUGGAUUGCGAGCCACAGUUCAGGUUGUUGAUCUUCAAGUAUUUGCUUCUCCGCGCAUAACACUAAGGCCUUUGGUUCCUAGUUUUCCUUGUUUCGCCAAUAUUUACGUGUCUCUCAUGGAGAAGCCACAUGUUGAUUUUGGACUAAAACUGCUUGGAGCUGAUGCAAUGUCUAUUCCGGGUCUUUACAGGAUUGUUCAGGAAAUUAUAAAAGAUCAAGUUGCAAAAAUGUAUUUGUGGCCUAAAGCAUUAGAGGUGCAAAUAAUGGAUCCAUCAAAGGCAAUGAAAAAGCCAGUUGGAAUCCUUCAUGUGAAGGUUGUGAGAGCAUUGAAGCUUAGAAAAAAAGAUAUACUGGGAGCAUCAGACCCUUAUGUGAAACUUAAACUUGAAGACGAUAAACUUGGUUCAAAGAAAACAACUGUGAAAUACAAGAACUUGAAUCCAGAAUGGAAUGAAGAAUUUAAAGUGGUGAUUAAAGAUCCAGAAUCUCAAGCCUUAAUGCUUACUGUUUUUGACUGGGAAAAGGUUGGGAAGCAUGAGAAGAUGGGUAUGAAUAGAAUUCCCUUGAAAGAUCUUACACCAAAUGAACCAAAUGAACUUACUUUAAAAUUACUCAAGACAAUUGAACCUAAUGAUCCUGAAAAUGAGAAGUCACGAGGAGAGCUCGUCGUGGAGGUUACGUACAAUCCUUUUAAAGAAGAUGAGUUAUCUAAGAAUGCAGAAGACACAAAUGCAAUAGAAAAGGCUCCUGAAGGAACACCUGCUACUGGUGGUUUGCUUGUGAUUACCAUUCAUGAAGCUGAAGAUCUUGAAGGAAAACACCAUACAAAUCCGUUUGCGCGACUCUUAUUUAAAGGAGAGGAAAAAAAAACUAAGCAUGUAAGGAAAAAUAGAGAUCCAAGAUGGGGUGAAACAUUUGAAUUUACGCUAGAUGAACCCCCCACAAACGAGAAGAUUUAUGUUGAAGUGAUAAGUGCCUCCUCAAAGCUAGGUCUACUCCAUCCUAAGGAAACACUAGGAUAUGUGGAAAUAAAUUUAUCUGAUGUUGUUAGCAACAAUAGAAUCAAUGAGAGGUAUAAUCUUAUUGACUCUAAAAAUGGAAGGAUUCAAAUUGAGCUUCAAUGGAGAACUCCCUAA